CAGGCGGAUCUGUUGUUUCAGGAAGAGGGCAUGAAGUUGAGAAUAAGGGACGGGAACGAUCAAAAACGUAUACAAAGUCAAUUUCAUGAGUUCGAUUUUGCUUUGUAGUGAUGACUUGACAUUGAUUAUCAAUUAUUAUUUCCGAACAAAUCAACAUUUACAUUAACACCGUAUAACUAGCGUUACCGUGUAAACAUGCCCAUUCUGUGCAGCUCUUCGUAUACGUUUUUAUUCAUGUUGAUAACAUCUGGUAUCGGCGGGGAAGCAAAUAAACGCAAUGUGCUUCUUAUAAUUGCCGACGAUGCCGGGUUCGAAAGCGAGGUGUAUAACAACACAGCGAUCCAGACCCCUCACCUCAACGCUCUGGCCAAGCGGAGCCUGAUCUUCAGAAACGCCUUCACCUCCGUCAGCAGCUGCUCCCCCAGCCGCUCCACCAUCCUGUCCGGGCUGCCCCAGCACCAGAAUGGCAUGUAUGGCCUGCAUCAGGAUGUUCACCAUUUCAACUCGUUUGACGGUGUGAGGAGUUUACCUCUCCUACUUAGCCAGUCUGCUAUCCGGACAGGUAUUAUAGGGAAGAAACACGUUGGUCCAGAAGCGGUUUACCCUUUCGACUUUGCGCGCACCGAGGAGAAUGACUCUGUCCUGCAAGUAGGGAGGAACAUCACCAAAAUCAAGCUCCUGGUCAGGCAGUUUCUGCAGACCAAGGAUGACAGGCCCUUCUUCCUGUACGUGGCCUUCCACGACCCUCACCGCUGCGGUCACUCCCAGCCCCAGUACGGCGCUUUCUGUGAGAAGUUUGGGAAUGGCGAGAGUGGUAUGGGCUGGAUCCCAGACUGGCAACCCCAGCACUACACCCCAGAGCAGGUCAAGGUCCCCUAUUUCAUUCCUGACACCCCGGCUGCUCGGGCAGACCUUGCCUCUCAGUACACCACUGUCAGCAGACUGGAUCAAGGAAUCGGUCUGGUUCUGAAGGAGCUCCAGGACUCUGGCUUCGGGAAUAACACUCUGGUGAUCUACAGCUCUGACAAUGGGAUUCCCUUCCCCAACGGUAGGACCAACCUGUACUGGUCUGGAACAGCCGAGCCCCUGCUGAUCUCCUCACCUGAGCACCCCCAGCGCUGGGGGCAGGUCAGCCAGUCCUACGUCAGCUUGUUAGACAUUACCCCCACCAUUCUAGACUGGUUCUACAUCCCCUACCCCUCCUACAGCAUCCUGGGGAAAGACAAGCCGGUCCGCCUGACGGGGAAGUCCCUCCUGCCCGCGCUGGACUCCGAGCAGCCCUGGUCCACCGUCUACAGCAGCCAGGGUCACCACGAGGUCACCAUGUACUACCCCAUGAGGGCUGUGCACGAGGGCAGCUACCGCCUGGUGCACAACAUGAACUUCAAAAUGCCCUUCCCCAUCGACCAGGACUUCUACGUGUCCCCGACCUUCCAGGACCUCCUGAACAGGACCCAGAGCCGACGUCCCACUCGCUGGUUCAAGAGCCUGCAGCAGUACUACUACCGGGAGAGGUGGGAGCUGUACGAUGUGUCUGCGGACCCCUCGGAGCUCAGGAACCUGGCCUCCGACCCGGCCCACAAGCACACGCUUGAGUACAUGAAGACCCAGCUGGUGAAGUGGCAGUGGGAGACCAACGACCCCUGGGUGUGUGCCCCUGAUGGGGUUCUGGAGACCAAGCUGAGCCCUCAGUGCAGGCCGCUGUUCAACGGGCUCCAGUGACUAUUGUAAUAAACAGUUUAACAAAAGCC